AUGAAGGAGAACAGAUUUACAAAAAAAUCAACAGAGAAGGACAUUAUUCGUAUACAAAGACAAGACAGGAACGAGGAAGAGGUUGAAACUUGUGACAUCGAUAAUGAACUUGAUCCAAUACAAACUGCGAAGAAGCAAGAAUCAUCCGUCAAGAUUGUAAAUGAAUCAGUGAAAAGGGAACAUGGUUCAAAAGAAUAUGAUCUUAUAUGUGAACCAGAUAUGACAGAGAGGACUGCUAUUGAAGAAUGUACUAAUUUGGAGCUCCUUUUGGACUUCUUGUCCAGAAAUCUGUCUUUCGCAGACUUAAGUUUUGUUUUCACAUAUCUUGGUGAGCCUCGGUUGGCAGAGACAGCUUGUAUGGACUGGACCAUCUCCGAAACCUACUGCAAGCUUUUCCAUGUGUGGCGAUGUAAAUAUCCGCGCAUAGACCACAAAGCUAAAUUGAAGGAAGCUUUCUCCUCCAUGGAGAGACAAGAUUUAAUUGAGAAUAUGGAAAUGUUCUCUAAAGACAGCUAUUGCUAUAAAGAAGCUUUAGCCAAUCCAACAGAACAUGCUCAGUAUACUGACUUUAUCAUUAUGAGUAAAAAUUUAGCCUUGAAAUCUCAUCACGUCUUGCGCUUUCUUGGUUUGAAACAGAGUGACAUAGACCAGAUUGAGAGAGAUAAUAGAACUACUCAAGAAAAAAUACUGAGAGCUUUAUCAAAAAUCCAAAAAGAUAGGCCAUCACUCACAAGACAGAGUAUUUGCAAUGCUCUAUAUUAUGCAGACCAUUCCGACGUGAUAGAUAUGUUAAACUCUAUGUGGAUCAGUGCAGGUCGGUAUUAUUCACUUUUCUGAGAUUUUUGUAUGUAAAAAAAUAAAAAGAUACAUGUUUGUGUAAACCAUACAGAAUACUAAUAUUCUGAUCAACAAGACUUGAGAUGUUUCAAAUCAUUUAAUGCUAGUUAUGAACAUAGCUG